AUGGCCACCACCACAGGAAAGGACAACACACAAACAGAUGAAUGUCUCAAAGGAUUCUCGGCACAAGAUUUAUUUAUAAGCCUAAGGAGUGGCACUGACUACAAUACUGUACCUUUAAGAUUAAACAUUACUUGUACAGAUGGCUAUUUUUAUAUUAAUGACCAGGUGGGGCUGGAGAGUGACGGUCAGACGGCUGGAGGGAGAGGAACCACAGGAGCCUUGAAGGGCUUCACCAACACCAGCAAGAUCCACCAGUGCACCUACUGUACCUACACAACUAAUGUUGCCACAAAUCUGAGGAACCACAUGCGCACCCACACAGGGGAAAAACCCUUUUCGUGUCAUUAUUGCUCUUUCCGGACGACGCAGAAGAGGAACUUAAAAACGCACAUUCGUACUCACACAGGUGAAAAGCCAUAUGCUUGUGCCCACUGCCCAUAUCGGUCAGCUUGGAAGGGAAAUCUUAAUGCCCAUAUACUGACUCAUCGUACUUUAGAUGAGUUGGGAUCAAACAAAAAUGCGAACAUGGGACAUCAAGGUGGUUUUGUGCAGUAG